CGAGAUUACGGGAUCGAUUACUAGCAACGACGCGAGUAAUCGUCAACUUCGCUUUUUUCUCCUCAAUCUCCCAACGAGAAUUGAAACAAAGUAUCGCAGAAUAACGUGACCCGCUCUCUUUUUUAUCCAAAUUAUUAAUCAUCAUUGAUUAUUGACUGUGCAUCGUCUAUCGCACAGUCAAAAGCGCAUUUUACCCUCGUUUCUCCUACAGUACUUUAUGCAACAAGAGCUUUUUGAGGUCUCAAAACAUAUUCUACCAGACAGCGCCCCUCAACCUCACCAAACCGUUCAACAUGGCCUUCAGCACCAUGGUUUCAAUGGCUCAGCCCGCCGUUCUCUGCUGCAACAGCUGUCCGACGGAAUGUCACCGCGUUCAGAGCGAGGAGACAGCGCCAUUGACGAUGGCGAAGGAGUUGUCAAUCUGGACACCCUCCACGAACGAUUGCGCCGAUUGAACGACGUCCACGAGGAGCCAAAUGCGACACAAACCAUAGCUCCAGGUCAGCGUAUAUCUGAAUAUGAAAAUGCAUUGACACCGGCAGUACCUAGACAAGCUUUAGGCUUCAAGGUUAUUAAACGCGCAGACACGCGUUCCGACGGAGUUCAGCUGUCUGAUAUGCCAAAUGAGAUUCUGACGCAUAUUCUAUCCCACUUGCAUCCAGAUUCCCAUGCUGCUGUUUCUCUGGUGUCGAAGCGAUUUUAUGAUCUGGUCACUACCCCUCAUGCAUGGCGCAUGGCUUUCCAGCGAUUUUUCCCCGGACAGGACGCAUUAGCCACCACCGGUAAACAUCAAAAUGGAAUAUGGGGUGAAGAAGAUCCAGAUAUUGUACGAUCAGAAGUUCGCCAUUUCACACGCCUAGCGCUUCAUUCCUCCUGGCGCAGUGAAUACCUUCGAAGAACACAACUUCUCCGUAGUCUUGUCAGAGGCAAACCUGGGACAAAUUCGGGUAGCAUCGGAUCUUCCUCUAGGUCGAGCCAAUCUGGCAAGAAGGCAAGCGCCGUUUUGACGUACAACACAAAACUCAUGUCAGUAGUAACACAUAUUCAUGCUACAUUUAAGCCUAGCGGGAAGAAGCCACCGAGGCUUAUCCACGGGGCUUCCGACAUGGGUAUCGGCACUCUCAGUGACCCUACCAGUGGCAAGGUUGAGAAAUGGGGCAUAGAUGACCACUUUGGUUUUGACCAACUGGAGGAAGUAGUACCAAAUUUUCUGCCAUAUGGGAUUGGUGAAGGACCUGCCGCUGUUCCCAACGUCAUGGAUGUUAGUCAGCCGUACGGCCUCCUCGGCGGAGAAGGGUUUCCCGGCGGCCGUGUCUUCUAUCGUGCGACAAAUGAAUAUAGGGGCAAAUACCUGGGUCAAGAUGCGGGUCUAGUCGAAGCCUACCCCGAUAUUCCGAAGAUUCCGGGGAUGUCAGAAGGCGUCUGCUGCGUUUGGAUUGCUAAGUCACCGUCUGUUCCUUCCGCGACUCAAUCGCUGGUUGGAAUCAUGACUGGCUCUUCGUUGGGCGUUGUGACUGCAUUUGCUCUUGGAUAUGAUCCCACGGGUCCGCGAUACGCUCCAGGUGAGGUAAGCGCUCGUUGGGUUCUUAGUCCGGGAGUGCCUAUCAUAGCACUCAAAAUCGACGAUAGCUAUAGUCAGAAGCGCAAAGCUCUUAGUCGGGUGUGGGCAGUUGCUUUAAACGCAUUGGGAGAGGUAUACUACUUAACUCAACCUCCAAUUGCACCUACUAGCAAGACGAAAACCGACGACAGUCUUAAGCUCGCAUGGCAUACGGGCCGCUCAACAUAUUGGCACCUAGUAGAGGCGACUCGACGACAGGCACGUCCCGAUGAAUCGGGUAGGAACGCACUCCGUGGUGCCUAUUCUCCACGGUCUCCUUCAGACGAUAUGAAUUUGACCAAAGAUCAAAUGGCGGCGGAAGCUCGCGAGAUCGAAAAGUUCCUUCGUUAUAAGCCAGCUCAUUUUCGUAAGGUCUGCUACGGUUGGGAUAUGCGUCGAAAGCUUGAGGUAGACUUUGCGAGUGAUGACGAACACGGAGCUGGCGAAAGCGUGUUCAUCAUCGAUUGCGGGCUAGAAGAAGACCAGACUUCAGCUAUCAAACGACUUAGCCGAAGUGCACUAAGCCGAACUCAACUCAGUACUCAGCCUACUCCUGAACCAGAACUUCCGGUGGUGGUUAGCCCUGCCCCGUCCAUAUUUGGUGAUAGUAGUACUAGGUCAUCCUCCCCGAACUCAUCCGGUUCGCCAUUAUUGAAGCAAGUUUUGUCAGUUUCAGAUAAGGCAUCUGCUCUGCCGGCUACCACUGGUGCCGCAAAUCCAAGCCUGGACGAUUGGCGCGAGACGUUCUUCUACUCGAAAGAGCUGAGCAAUUCACAAAUAACCGCGACUGGAGCGGAUUCUUCACAGCUUGCCUUAAUUACAUCAUUUGAAGAUCCCUUAAAGAACAUAGGGAGUGUUACCUCAAGUAAUCCAUCGGCGCCAACAAGACAAGCACCUUCAGAUAUUCCCGGCAGACGAGCAAGAUUGUUUGGGGUAGGCACGAAUAAAGGAAAGGUCAUCUUGUGGAAUAUGCGAGAAGCCCAUGCUAGUGAUGGCAUAUACCCGGUCAGAGUUAUCCAAACGGAAUCUCCUGAGAUUUCAUGUUUAGCUCUAUCGGCUCUUUAUCUUGUUCACGGCGGUAGCGAUGGCCUCGUCCAAGCCUGGGAUCCUCUGGCGUCUACUUUAGACCCAAUUCGGACUAUCAAUUCACGUUCUCCAGGUCGGAUGCCUCGGCAUUUACUUGCCGUCAACCCAGCAUUACGCAACUCUAAUUUUGCUGCCGCUGGCGCCAUCUACCUAGAUCCCGAUCCGGGUUUGCUUCACGGAGUUGUAUCGUUUGGAACCUUUGUGCGUUAUUGGUCGUAUAGUUCCUCGAAUCAUGCAACAGGUCGAAAACGUCGACACCGUCAUUCAGAUAUCCAAGGUCGGGUUGCUGGUCGACGUCACGGUGGUGGUGUCGCUGGCUAUAUUGCCGCAGAGGCUGAAGAGCUACGCAGUGAACAAGAACAUAAGGCGCGAGAACAAGCUCGCCUUCGUUCUCGUUUCGGCGUUGGCCUUGGAGAACUAACAGAAGAGGAAGCCAUACGCUACGCUGAGAUGGUAUCUCAAGAAUCAUUCCUCCUUGAUGAGCAGCGCCGAACUAGCGCCAGCGAUACGGGCUCAGCUGCAGAUUUCGAUACUACCUCUAGUUCUGGCAGUACCCUCACUCCCGACCCAAGUGUGACUGGACCAAGCCCUCUGGCUGCUAGUUCAAGUGCACGCAAUGAGACUGCGGAUGAAAGCGAUUAUGAGCUCCAAAUUCAAGCCGCAAUUCGCUUGUCCCUCAUGGAAGGCGUGAAUGAUACGGAAGGUUCGCCGAAGGCUAGCGGGUCUGGAGAGUACGAUUCUCCAUUUGUGAUCAAGGAUAAUAGUGGAAAGAAAUCGUCAAGUCUCCCGUCAUCAAGCCACACCCCAAUGGUCAAACCAGCCGAAACCUCAAAGGCUGUAGCCACCGGUUCCAAAGCAGGCGCAGACGACGAUCUAGAAUUUGCACUGCAGCUUAGUUUGGCAGAGGAAGAGAGUAGAAAGUCGAGCAUGGCUGUUCUUAUGGAUCGGGAGGAUGAGUUUCCUUCGCUUGGAGGAAGUGGUUUUGGCAAGGGGAAAGGAAAGGUUGUCUAAAGCGCAAAGAAGACAUGACGUGUUCUUGAUAAGAGGUUGUUUUCUUGAGAUUAGAUGUGUUUAUUGUUUUCUUGCUCGUUGUUUUCGAGCUUAAUUAGGUAGUUAUAUUUGCGUCGUUUUUAGCUUUGUCAAUACUGUCACAUCCCUGUACCACAAUUUUCUAGCGUGUGAGCUGCCCU